AUGGAUUUCACUUCUCCCCUUAAAUAAAAAAAUAACAUAAGAAGUUACGACUAAUAAACUCCUUCCUAGUUUAUAUCUCCUUAAUCAGAAAUGUAAACCACCUAAUCUUUUCAUGCAUUAAAAACUCCUAAUAAAUAUUCAGAUAGAUAUAUACCUACAAGAACAAUUGACUCCAAAACUAACUUUGAUUUAAAGUAAGAAUCUAUCUAUACUAAUGAUUUUACGAAUGAAUAAGUUCAUCUAAAUGUACAAGACGAAAAUACAAAAAUAUACAACUAAUAUAUCUAAACAGAACUUUUUCGAAAGUAAUUUGAAACUCCUAAAAUACUCCAAUUUGAAGUCAAGAAAAUUCCCCCAGUUUCCCCUUUUAUGUUUGAUUAAUAAGAAAAUAUUCCCGAAACUAAAAAAAGAAGAAAAAUAGGACAUAAUCCAAUAAAAAUACUUGAUGCUCCUGGUUUAGCUGAUGAUUUUUACAUUGACGUGUUAGAUUGGAGUUGCUAAAGUAUAAUAGGAAUAGCUUUAGGAUAAUGUAUUUAUACUUUGAAUACUUAAAGUGGUAAUAUUAAUAAGUUAUGUGAAAAUUAAUCUUUUUCUUCUCUCUUUUAAGUACAGAACGGACCUUUUCCUUCCUUUUACACAAGUGUUAAAUGGAAUCCCAAUAACGGAAAUUUAUUGGCAAUAGGAAAUACAUAAGGAAUUAUUGAUAUACAUGAUAUUUAGAAAAAUAUAGUUGUUCGAAAAAUAAAUUUGUAAAAAGAAAGAAUAGGAUGUAUGGACUUUUGUUCAAAUGGAAAUAUUUUAGCAGCAGGAUGUAAAGAUAAAUCUAUUCUCGUAUAAGAUUUGAGAGAAAGCGGAGGCAAAAUAUUUUUUGGACAUUCAUAAGAAGUUUGUUCUAUUAAAUUUUCCCCAGAUUAAUAAUAUUUAGCAACUGGAGGAAACGAUAAUAAAAUAAAUAUAUGGAAUUAUUCAGUUAAGAAUAUUCCCUUUUAAACACAUAGUGAACAUAAGGCUGCUAUUAGAGCUUUGGCAUGGAAUCCUCAUUAACAUGGAAUACUUUUAAGUGGAGGAGGUUCCAAUGAUUAAUGUAUAAAAACUUGGAAUGUAAAUAAUAAUUAAAUUAUUAAUAAUACUCCAACUGGUUCUUAAAUUUGUAAAAUAUUAUUUUCUGAAAAUGUUAAUGAAUUUGUAUGUGCACAUGGAUAUGAUAAUAAUAAAAUAUCGGUGUGGAAAUAUAAUUCAAUGUAAAAAAUAGCUUAGCUAGACGGGCAUAAUAAUAGAGUACUUUAUUUAAGUAUAUCACCUGAUAAUACUACAAUUGUUAGUGGAUCUGGUGAUGAAACAAUUAAAUUCUGGAAAAUAUUUUCUUAAUAAGUUAAAUAAUAAUAUUCUUAAUCAAUGCUUAAAUUUACUGAGCUAAGAUGA